AUGCCCAAAAGAAAGGUUGCAGGUGAUGCAAGCCAGGAGCCAAAGAGAAGAUCAGCCCGACUGUCUCCUAUGCCUGUUACCUUUACACUGGAGUUGAAACAUAAAAGAGCACCAACUUCAAGGAAAACCAAGACCACAAAUGUCGUGGAAGAAAACAAAGAUGCAGGUACCAUACCAAUUCCUGAAACUGAGCCAGAAGAUGUUAAAGAAGAAGGCAAUGUGGAAAAUGCUGAAAAUGGAGAAGCCAAGAUUAUUGAGGCACCCGUUCCUAAAAUGGAAGCUGAGGAAGUAAAGGAACGUGUAAAUGAAGACACUGAAGAAGAUGGAGGAGAAAAGAAGGAAGCCGUGGCAGCAGAAGGCAAAGAUGAUGAGCUAGAAGAUGCCAAAGAUGAUGAAGAGAAAGGAGACAGUGAAAAAGGAGAAGAUGGCAGAGAGGAAGGCGAUGGGAAGAAGGAAGAAGAGAAAGAUGACAAAGAAGGGGACUCUGAAACAGAGGAAGAAAUAAAAGAACAGAAGAAAGAAACUGAGGAGGAGGAUGGGAAGUGCAAAGAGGAGGAAAUCAAAGAAGAUAGAAAGGAAGAUCUGCAUAAGGAAGAUGGAAAGGAGAAGGAUGAUGGAACAGAGGAGGGUAGAAAGGAGGAAGAAGAGCAAGAGGAUGAUGCAGGUGAAAGGAGUGAUGAAAACAAGGUGGAAGAAGAAGAAGAAGAGGAAGAAGAAGAAGAAGAAGAAGAAGAAGAAGAAGAAGAAGAAGAAGAAGAAGAAGAAGAAGAAGAAGAAGAAGAAGAAGAAGAAGAAGAAGAAGAAGAAGAAGAAGAAGAAGAAGAAGAAGAAGAAAAAGAAGAAAACAAAGACUUCAAACAAGAUGGAGAGAAAGAGGAGCCUCUGAGUGUUGUCUAA